AUGCGUGCUCUUGUACGACCGGCCACACGGCCCUACGUCUGCCCAUCUUGUCAAUUGGGUCGUCUUUCCGCUCGCCGCCGGUUCGCAUCCGCCUCCACCCCGAGCAGCGCAUCGCCCGAGAUCUACGAUGUCGUUUGCGUCGGCGGUGGUCCUGCAGGUCUAGGUCUGCUCGCAGCUCUACGAGCUACCCCUGCUACCUCCAAGCUCAAGGUCGCCCUCGUGGAGACCCAGGACCUGCAGAAAGCCCGCUCAUGGUCCCUCGAUGCGCAGCACUACUCCAACCGCGUCAGCAGUCUCACACCCUCCUCCGUUUCCUUUCUCCAGAAAAUCGGCGUCUGGGACCAUGUCGACACAGCGCGUGUCCAGCCCUACCAAGAAAUGCAGGUUUGGGAUGGCGAAACCGGCUCGCGCAUCACCUUCGAUUGGUCCAUGGAGACCUCGCCGUUCGAGGACCUGCGCACCGUCGCAACCAUGACCGAGAACUCCAACCUAGUGCGCGCCCUCCUCUCGCGCAUCGCCGAGUCUGGAGACGAGAACCUCUCGAUCUUCUCUAAUACCACUGUCUCCUCUAUCGCCAACGGCUCCGACAUCCCCGACGGCCCCGACCUCUCCGCCUGGCCCGUCCUCUCCCUCGCCCCGACGACCUCCUCCUCCUCCGCACCACCGCCCAAGCAGAUCGCCGCCCGUCUCCUCGUUGGCGCCGACGGCAUCAACAGCCCCGUCCGGCGCUUCGCCGACAUCUCCACCUCAGGCUGGGACUACGACCGACACGGCGUCGUCGCGACGCUCUCCCUGUCCGACCUGGACCCGGUGCACAGCACCCCCAACAUCAAGACCGCCUUCCAGCGCUUCCUCCCCGCGCUCGGCGGUCCGAUCGCCCUCCUGCCUCUCCCCAACAACACGGCCAGCCUCGUCUGGUCGACCACCGUCGCCAACGCCGCCUACCUCAAAUCCCUGCCCCCGCGCGCCUUCAUCGCGACGGUCAACGCCGCCUUCCGCCUCUCCAUGACCGAUCUAACCUACAUGCUCCGCAUGGAACGCCCCUCCGCCACCUCUCCCACAUCCACCGACUCCUCCUCCACCGUCGACCCGCACGAAGACGAACUCACCUGGCGCCUGCAAUACACCCCGCAGCCCCGCAAGCCCAGCCAGCUGCCGCCGCUCGUCACCGGCGUGCAGGAGGGCAGCGUCGCCUCCUUCCCGCUGCGCUUCCGCCACGCCUCGAGCUACAUCUCGCCGCGCGUCGCCCUGGUCGGCGACGCCGCGCACGUCAUCCACCCGCUCGCCGGCCAGGGCCUGAACCUGGGCCUCGGCGACGUGGCCGCGCUCGCCCAGACGGUCGAGUAUGCCGCCACCCACGGCAUGGACGCCGGCGACCUGCUGACCCUGGAGCGCUAUGCCGGGGAGCGCUUCGCGACCAACGCCAAGAUCGGCGGCGCCUGCGACGUCCUGCACAAGCUGUACAAUGUCCCCGGCAACGGGCCGGUGGCGUGGGCGCGCAGCUUCGGGCUGGAUGUCAUUGAUGCGGUGCCGUUCGUGAAGGGGCUGUUGAUGCGGGGGGCGCAGUGA